UUGAUCGUUCGAUAUUUUCAAGAAGCAAUAUGUAAGCAUGCGCAAGAAAUGAUCUUUGCUGCACAGGAGGUGACGUCGAUUCAUGUACGAAGAAUAGACGCCAGUCUUUAGAUAACAUUGGGUAUAGAAAGUUCAAAAUAUGACAGAUACCGAGGUAGAUUUCGAUUGGGAAGUGAAACUACAUCGUUUCACUUUAGAUUUGUUUGGACUUUGGCCCAAGACCAUACAAAAUCCUUGGCAAAAGUUAACGUGCAAUUUUCGAGCACUUGCCGUUUACCUAGGAGUAAUAUGUGGCGUUCUAAUCCCUUCGAUACAUUCUUUGAUACGAAUUAAUGGAGAUGUCAUGCUAAUGAUAGAUAAUUUGCAAUUUACUUUACCAGCAAUAAGUGUCACGAUAAGAAUUAUGGUUUUUUGGUGGAAAAAAGAAGCUAUUAUACCGAUUAUAAAUAUGAUCUCGAAGGAUUGGAUAAGGACACUAACAAUAAGUGACGAAGAGAGAUGUUUAAUGAUACGAAGAGCACAAAGUGCACGCAUAAUUAUGAUUUGCUCCUACUGCGUUAUGGGAAUGCAGUGCUUCACUCUCGUACUACCGCCUGUUUUCGGAGUGUCAAUAAGAUUGACUCCUAACAUUACUGAUCCAGGAAAACCAAUGCCUUUACAAACACGUUAUAUUUAUGAUAUAACAAACAGGCCACAACACGAAUUGACAUUUAUUAGUCAAGCCAUCAUUAUAGCUACCGCUAUGAUGGUUUACAUUGGAAUAGAUAAUUUUUUGAGUCUCCUGAUUUUUCAUAUAUCCGGCCAAUUAGACAUUCUCGAGAAUCGUUUGAUGCGUAUGGAUAAAUACAUAAAUUAUCCAGAAGUAUUAAAGUGUUGCAUAAGAAAGCAUGUCCAUUUGCUUAGAGCAAUUGCUGUUAUUGAAGAUACGUAUAACAUAAUACUCCUUUCUUUAUUCAUAUAUUUUGCAAUUUUAUUCGCUUUUUAUGCAUUUCGGAUAAUUAGCCUAUUCGACGAAGGAAAUGAUUUAUCAUUCUCUCACUUGAUAUUUUUCACAUUGACAAUUUUUAAUUUAUUUGGACAUAUGUGUCUAUAUUGCGUUCUCGGCGAGAUUUUAAUGGCCCAGUGCAAUAAAAUCUAUUAUGCUGCAUAUAAUAAUAAAUGGUAUACUAUGAAUCCAAAAAACAUGGAAGCUUUGUUGAUUUUAAUAACAAGAGGCUCGAAACCAGUUUAUCUUACCGUCGGAAAAAUAUCUCCUGUUACAAUGGCCACAUUUUGCGGUUUGGUCAAAACGUCAGUCGGUUAUUUAUCCGUUUUGCACACAACGAGAAGGUGAUAAAAAAAAGUGAGAAAAACUUUUUCCUACAUUACGCAACUGUGUUUAUGGAAAUUUAUAGUUCAACUAUGCUAAUAUUAAUAUAUCAUUCACAAAUGAAUAUA